CAACAGUCAGGACGGUCCACCCUCCCGAGAGUAGAGAGAGAGAUAAGAGUGAGUCCCCGCACACCCCACGGGCGGCAGGGACGAUCCAGAGCCCCACGAAAGACACUGUUGCUUCCUGAUGGCUCCGCAGGCUGUCACCCCGCGGCGGCCGGGACAGCGAGCGCCCCGCGACAGCACGGGGCAGCGGGGACAGAGCCCACCGGCCGCCUCGGGCUCCCGAGCAGGGCGCCUCCCCGGUCCCAGGCCUCGGCUCCGGGGGCCCUUGGCUCUCAUCUUUGUCGUCCUGGGUGACCUGCUGUCGGUCACAGCUGCCUCAACCAUGCCCACGGGGAAGGAUGGAGUUCACCAGCAACCACCUGCCCCACAGGGAUGGAGGCAGAACUUCUGGGAGUUGUGUCCACCAGGAUACCAUGUAUCAGAAGGUGGAAAAAACUGUAUAUCCUGUACAAAUGGAGUGGACUUUACUAAUCACUGGAAUAUGCUCCCUUCCUGCUUGCCAUGUACAAUCUGUAAAUCAGGUGAAGAAGAGAGGACCCCUUGCACGGCGACUAAGGACACGCAGUGUCAGUGCAGACGUGGAACUUUCCACGAAGAAGACUCACCUGAGUUCUGCCAGAAGUGCAGCACUGGGUGCCCUGAUGGGAUGAUCGUGGCCACACCCUGUAGCCCCUUCAGCGACCUCAAAUGUGUGGACCAAAAAUCAGGUACCCAGGCCAGUGGGGAGGCCCCGGUUCCUGGAGAGACAGUGACCAUGCGCCGGAGACCACCCACCACUCCCUCUCCCUCCUCGGGCACUUCACAGCUGGUGAUCACAAUUGUAGCUGCCUGUGUUCUUCUGGUGCUGGCGGUGAUCGCAUAUGUUUUCUGGUGCUUCUUCAUUAAAGGUUACCGUGUGGACCCUAAGUGCAUGGACAGGGUCUUUUUCUGGUGCUCAUGUCCCCCAAGAGGUCCUGGGGCUCUGGAUAAUGCCCAUAACAACAUGCUGAUCAACAGAGAUUUGCUGUCCAUUCUGGUGGCCAAGAAGGACCUAGAAGAUCAGGAGCAGGACAAGCUGACAGGUGUCAUGGUACAGUCUCCGGUGGAAGAAAAGCAUUUACUGGAACCAGCAGAAGCUGAAGGGUCUCACACGAGAAGAAGGCUGCUGGUUCCAGCAAACGGUGCAGACCCCACUGAAAGCCUGAGGCUGUUCUUCGAUUACUUUGCAACCAUCGUGCCGUGUGACUCCUGGGAUUCGCUCCUGAGGCAGUUGGGCCUCACGCGAAAUGAGAUCUUUCUGGCCAGAGAAGGGGUCCGGGUCCCUCGGGAUGCCUUGUAUGAAAUGCUAGAGACCUGGGUCAGCAACAAGGGACGGGAGGCCUCAGUCAACACCCUGCUGGAUGCCUUGGAAAAGCUGGGGCAGAUAUUGGCAAAGCAGAAAAUUCAGGACCACCUGCUGGAGUCGGGAAUGUAUGUCUAUGAAGAUGGUGAAGCAGGCUCUGCUGUGUCCUGAGUCUAAAAGAAUCUCUUUAUGAAACUACAGCUUCCCUACUUUACCUUUUCUUCUGGAAAGGGACACAUGAUUGGACACCAGCCUAGAUGAAACAGCCGGUACUUGACCAAUACUUGAAAGACCACUAUCAUCUGAUAUAUGCAGAAAUUGUAGACUUCUACAACUUUUCCGUAAAACUGGAGUAAUUUUUAUGAAAUGUCAUUGAUAAAUGAUGGUGGAAAUAUUUAUAAAUAUUUAUGCUUGUGUAAGCCCUGAUAAUUGAUUUAGGAUGUCAUUUAGUUCAGAGCACUUUGUCAUCCUACUAGAAUUGCAUGUUUUACUUGUAUUUUUUAUAUUGUGAGAUCCACCCAUGUUAUGUGUAUACUUAAUUAUGUCUAAUGAUGACUUAAUAUUUUAUGAUAAGCAUCUUCCAUUUUAAUAUUUUUGUAUAGAUUUAUAUGAAUGUGGGAAACCUUUUGGAAAGAUUACUUACUAGGUUGACUAUGUGGGUUUCCUGGAUGGGAGCAGGCAACCACAAAAUCAGUAAAAAUACAGAGCAGGGAGGAGGAUGGAGCCCAUUGCAGUGGGAGGCACUGGUGAGAUCAAUUCUCCCUCAUCCGGGAGUUUGACUUUGUCUAGGAUUAGAUGACCAGCAACUUUUAAAGUGUCCAUCAUUUCCAGCUGACAAUUUUAUAGGUGUGGGAUUAUUUAUAUUAUUUAUUGGUAGAUGUUUACAAAUGAGGAGAGAGAGGAGAAGUGGCAUCCACAUGCAGCCCUGUGUCUGGUAUCCAUGAACUGGGCUGUCAUGCGUGGGCCUCCUCCUGUUCAUCUAUGGGCCUGAGUGGGAAGGGUGGGACAUGGGUGGGACACGUGAGUGUCAAAUAGCUUCUAUGUCAUGUGCCACAUCUGAUUUUGUUAGUGAACCUUCAGUUCUAUCUGGGCUCCAGGGAGAGAGGACAGGGAUCUGCUCCUAGUGUCUGCCAUGAUCUCUGGGAGGAAGAGUAGACAGUGCUCAUGGAUUGUGUUCAAUGUUGGCUGACUCGGCACUAGAUGAGCCCUCUCACUUACGGUGGUCUGUGAAUCAGUCCCAGAACAGCCUUUUUAGGGUACAGAUUCCAAAUAUGAAGAGCUUAGUGCCUCUGUAAGCAUCCCACUUCUGCAUGAAAGGGAACACAUAAACACAAACUCUUUUUUUCUUUUUACCAUUAGAAUGUAUACGUUAUUUUUUUUUAAUUUUCCAUUUUUAAAAAUUGAAGUAUAGUUGGUUUACAAUAUCGUGUUAGUUUCAGGUACCAAUUCUUAAAACCUGUGAGAAUUGGGCCUAAAAUGGCUGGAACUUUAGAGUUUUGUUCUUGUAUCAAUUUCUCUUACUUUUUAAUUUGUACAAUAUUAUAUAAGUUACAGGUAUAUAAUAUAGUGAUUCACAAUUUUUAAAGGUUAUACUCCAUUUAUAAUAACCAUAAAAUACUGACUGUAUUUCCUAUGUUGUAUCCUUGUUGCUUAUUUUAUACAUAAUAUUUUGUACAUCUUAAUCCCCUACCCCUAUAUUGUCCCUUCCCUCUUCCCUCUCACCACUGGUAACCACUGGUUUGUUCUCUGUAUCUGUGAGUCUGCUUCUUUCUUGUUAUGUUCACUAGUUUGUUUUAUAUUUUAGAUUUCACAUAUACGUGAUAUCAUACAAUAUUUGUCUUUCUCCGUCUGACUUAUUCCACUUAGCAUAAUACCCUCCAAAUCCAUCCAUGUUGCUGCAAAAGGCAAAAUUCAUUCUUUGUCUAUGGCUGAGUAGUAUUCCAUUGUCUGUAUAUACCACAUCUUCAUAUCCAUUCAUCUGUCGAUGGACACUUAGGUUGUUUCUGUAUCUUGGCUAUUGUAAAUAAUGCUGCUAUGAACAUUGGGGUACAUGUAUCUUUUAGAAUUAGUGUUUUUGUUUCCUUUGGAUAUUUACCCAGUAGUGCAAUUGCUGGAUCACAUGGUAGUUCAUUUUAGUUUUUUGAGGAACCUCCAUACUCUUUUCCACAGUGGCUGCACCAACUUACAUUCCCACCAACAGUGUAUGAGGGUUCUUUUUUCUCCACAUCCUCAUCAAGACUUGUUAUUUAUGGUCUUUUUGAUAAUAGCCAUUAUGACAGAUGUGAGGUGAUAUCUCAUUUUAGUUUUGAUUUGCAUUUCUCUGAUGAUUAGUAAUGUUGAGCAUCUUUUAAUGUACCUGUUGGCCAUCUGCAUUUCCUCUCUGGAAAAAUGUCUAUUCAGGUCUUCUGCCCACUUUUUAAUUGAGUUGUCUGUUUUUUUUCUUUUUGAUAUUGAGUUGCUUGAGCUAUUUAUAUAUGUUGGAUAUUAACCCCUUAUUUGUCAUAUCACUUGCAAAUAUUUUCUCCUAUUCAGUAGGGUGUCUUUUUGUUUUGUCAAUGGUUUCCUUUGCUGUGCAAAUCUUUUAAGUUUAAUUAGGUCUAUCUGUUUAUUUUUGCUUUUGUUUUCUUUGCCUUAGGCAACAGAUCAAAAAAAAUAUUGCUAUGAUUUAUGUCAAAGAGUAUUCUGACUAUGUUUUCUUCUAGAUGUUUUAUGGUUUCUGGUCUUAUAUUUAGGUCAUUAAUCCAUUUUGAGUUUAUUUUUGUGUAUGGUGUGAGAAAAUGUUCUAAUUUCAUUCUUUUACAUGAAGCUGCCCAUUUUUUGAUUGGGUUGUUUGUUUUUAUGAUAUUGAGCUAUAGGAGCUCUUUGUAUAUUUUGGAGAUUAAUCCCUUGUUGGUCGCAUCAUUUGCAGAUAUUUUCUCUCAUUCUGUAGGCUGUCUUUUUGUUUUGUUUAUGUUUUCCUUGACGGUGUAAAAACUUUUAAGUUUAAUUAGGUCCAUUUUUUAAUUUUUGUUUUUAUUUCCAUUACUCUAGGAGACAGACCGAAAAAGAUAUUGCUAUAAUUUAUGUCAGAGUGUUCUGCCUGUGUUUUCCUCUAGGAGUUUUAUAGUAUCUGGUUUUACAUUUAGGUCGUUAAUCCAUUUUGAGUUUAUUUUUGAGUAUGGUGUUAGAGAAUGUUCUAAUUUCAUUAUUUUACAUGUAGCUGUCCAGUUUUCCCAGCACCACUUUUUGAAGAGACUAUCUUUUCUAUGUUAUAUAUUCUUGCUUCGUUUGUUGUAGAUUGAUUGACCAUAGGUGCCUGGUUUUAUUUCUGGGCUUUAUAUCCUGUUCCACUGCUCUACAUUUCUGCUUUUGUGCCAGUACCAUACUGUUUUGAUUACUGUAGCUUUGUAGUAUAGUAUGAAAUCAAGGAGCAUGAUUCCUCCAGCUCUGUUCUUCUUUCUCAAAAUUGUUUAUGCUAUUCCAGGUCUUUUGGGUUUCCACACAAAUUUUAAGAUUAUUUGUUUUAGUUCUGUGAAAAAUACUGUUGGUAUUUUGAUAGGGAUUACAUUGAAUCUGUAGAUUGCCUUGGAUAACAUGGUCAUUUUAACAAUAUUAAUUCUUCCAAUUCAAGAACACAGUAUAUCUUUUCAUUUGUUUGUGUUAUCUUCAAUUUCUCUCAUCAGUGUCUUAUAGUUUUCCUAGUACAGGUCUUUAACCUCCUUAGGUAGGUUUAUUCCUAGAUAUUUUAUUCUUUUUGAUGCAAUGGUAAAUGGGAGUGUUUCCUUAAUUUCUCUUUCUGAUAAUUUGUUGUUAGUGUAUAGAAAUGCAACAGAUUUCAAUAUGUUAAUUUUGUGUCCUGCAACUUUACCAAAUUCAUUCACAAGCUCUAGCAGCUUUCUAGGGAUGUCUUUAGGAUUUUCUAUGUAUAUUAUUAUGUUAUUUGCAAACAGUAACAGUUUUACUUCUUCCCUUUCAAAAUUUGGAUGCCUUUUAUAUGUAUUUCUUCUUGUCUGUUUGCUGUAGCUAGGACUUCCAACACUAUGUUAAAUAAAAAAGGUGACAGUGGAUAUCCUUGUCUUGUUCCUGAUCUUAGAGGAAAUGCUUUCAGCUUUUCACCAUUGAGUAUGUUGUUAGCUGUGGGUUCGUCAUAUAUGGUCUUUAUUGUGUUGAGGUGUGUCCCCUCUAUGCCCACUUUUUAAUUAUAAAUGGAUAUUGAAUUUGUCAAAAUGUUCUUCUUCAUCUAUCAAGAUGAUCAUAUGGUUUUUAUUCUUCAGUUUGCUAAUGUGGUGUAUCAUAUUGAUUGAUUUGCAGAUAUUGAAAAAUCCUUGCAUCCCUGAGAUAAAUCCUGCUUGAUUAUGAUAUACAUCUUUUCAAUGUAUUGUUGGAUUUGGUUUGCUAAUAUUUUGUUGAGGAUUUUUGCAUCUAUGUUUGUCAGUGAUAUUGGACUAUAAUUCUCUUUUUUUGUGGUAUCUUUGUCAGCUUUUAGUAUCAGGGUGAUGCUGGCCUCAUAGAAUGAGUUUGGAAGCAUUCCUUUCUCUGCCAUUAGUUGGAAUGGUUUGAGAAGGAUAGGUAUUAACUCUUCUCUAAAUGUUUGGUAGAAUUCCCCUGUGAAACCUUCUGCUCCUGGACUUUUGUUUUGGGGGAGUUUUUUGAUUACUGAUUCAAUUCAUUACUGGUAAUUGGCCUGUUCCUAUUUUCUAUUUCUUCCUGGUUCUGUCUUGGGAGAUUGUACCUUUCUAAGAAUUUUUCCAUUUCUUCUGUGUUGUCCAUUUUAUUGGCAUAAUAGUUGUUCACAGUAGUCUCUUAUGGUCAUUUGUAUUUCUGUCAUGUUGCUUGUAACUUCUUUUUUCAUUUUUGAUUUACUGAUUUGGACCCUCUCCCUUUUUUUCUUUGUGAGUCUUUCUAAAGGUUUAUCAAUUUGUUUUUCUUUUCAAAGAACCAGCUUUUAGUUUCUUAGCUUUUUUCUAUUGUUUUUUUAGUCUCUAUUUCAUUUAUUUCUGUUCUGAUUUUUAUGAUUUUUUUCCUUCUACUUACUUUGGGGUUUUUUGUUGUUGUUGUUAUUGUUCUUUCUCUUGUUCCUUGCAAAGUUAGAUUGUUUAUUUUAGAUUGUUCUUGUUUCCUGAGGUAAGCUUGUAUCACUUUAAACUUUCCUUUUAGAACUGCUUCUGCUGUGUCCCAUAGAUUUUGGAUCAUUGUGUUUUCAUUUUCAUUUGUCUCCAUGUAUUUUUUAAAAUUUCUUCUUUGAUUUCUUCAGUGAUCCAUUGGUUGUUUAGUAGUAUAUUGUUUAAUUUCCACGUGUUUGUGGGGUUUUUUGCAGUUUGUCUCUUGUAGUUGAUUUCUAGUCUCAUAGUGUUGUGGUCAGAAAAGAUGCUUGAUAUGAUUUCAAUUUUCUUUAAUUUACUGAGACUUGUUUUGUGGCCUAGCAUAUGAUCUACCCUGAAGAAUGUUCCAUAGGCAC